GCUCAGUGCGCAGUGCCUCUGCAGCGACGGCGGGCGGAGCAGGCAAGAGCGGCGGCGUCGGCACGAGCCACUCUCCUCCUCCUGCUAAUAAUAAUAAUAACCUUCCUCCGCGCGCCCCUGCUCUUCCUCCUCCUUUUUCCCCGCCGCGGGCGCCGGGAUGCAAGAGCAGCACCCGCAGCCUGAGCCUCAGCAGCAGCAGCAGCCUCCUCAGCGCUCGCGCCCGGCGCCCCCCCGCGGGGCAGGAGGCCAGUAGCCCGCCCGGGGUGCCGCCCCCCCCUCCCGCCGCCAUCAUCGGGAGCCGGAGGCGCCGGGCGCCGGGCGCUUCUCCCAGCGCCCGGGCGCCGCUCUUCCUCUCGCUCUCCAUGGACGGCGGGGGCGCGGGGGGCCCCUCGGAGAGCCCCAACCGGGCCGUGGAGUACCUCCUCGAGCUCAACCACAUCAUCGAGAGCCAGCAGAAGCUCCUCGAGACCCAGCGGCGCCGCAUCGAGGAGCUGGAGGGACAGCUCGAGCAGCUCAGCCACGAGAACCGGGGCCUGCGCGAGGGCGAGAAGCGGGACCCCCAGCGCGGAGGGGCGCACCGCGGGCGGGCAGCAGGAGCAGCAGCAGCCGGGGACGCCACUGCUGUCUCCUCCUCCUCCGUGGCCGCCGCUUACCCUCCGCAGCACCACCACCACCACAAAGAGCGCGACAACCACUUCCAGGGCCCUUUCCCGCACUAUGCCAACCGCGACGGGCACUACCGUGAGCCCUGCCAGCUGCACCGCGACCGGGGCCCGCAGAAGGAGACGCCGCCGCCCCAACCGCCGCAAUCGCAGCUCCCGCAACAGCCGCCGACUUCGGCUUCGUCUGCUUCGCACGAAUACCCGCGCCCGCCCCGGGAAAGGGAGAGAGAGAGGGGACAGCUCAGCCGCGGGGCCUCGCGGAGCUCCAGCCCGGGAGCCGGAGGAGGGCACAGCACCAGCGCCAGCACCAGCCCCGCCACCACUCUCCAGAGGAAGUCGGACGGGGAAAAUUCAAGAACUGUCAGGUCGUCCACGUGUCCCACUCUGCACCAGUACUGCUGCUCUGCUCAGUCGCUUCUCCACUCGCAGCUAGCUUCCCCUGCCAGGCACACAGGCUGCAGCGUGGAAGGUGAUCCACCAGGAAGUGAGACCGGCACUAUAGUGGACAAUCUGGGCAGUCAGGCUCCUUACCGCUGUGCUCAGGAAGUGACCAAAGUUGACCACUACGACUUGGUCCCAUCCUCAUCCUCUUCUGUCUGUCACACUCCAUCUCCGGGACUACCUUGGGCCCAACGUGCUCGGCUACAGCCCGCCAGCGUGGCGCUGAGGAAGCAGGAAGAGGAGGAGAGCAAGCGUUCCAAGGCUCUGUCGGACAGCUAUGAGCUCUCCACGGACCUGCAGGACAAAAAGGUGGAGAUGCUGGAGCGGAAAUAUGGGGGCUAUUUCCUGAGCCGACGGGCAGCUCGCACCAUCCAGACCGCCUUUCGCCAGUAUCGCAUGAACAAGAAGUUUGAGCGCCUGCGAAGCUCAGCAUCUGAGAGCCGCAUGUCACGCCGCAUCAUCCUUUCCAACAUGCGGAUGCAGUACUCCUUCGAGGAGUUCGAGAAGGCCCAGAAUGCCCCUUACUUCGAAGGGAAACCUGCUUCUCUGGAUGAAGGCUCCAUGGCUACGACUCGGCCUCAUCUCUUGGACCGCGGCUUACCCUACGGUGGCUCCUGUCGGACUGGCUUGGAUGGCAGCUCCCUGCAUUCCUCUUCUGGAGGCUUCUGCAACGACAUCACGGAGCUUGAGGACUCCUUCUCCAAGCAGGUGAAGUCUCUGGCAGAAUCAAUUGACGAAGCCUUGAACUGCCACCCGCUUGGGCAAGAGGGAGGACCAGGAGGCCCCACCUUGGAAAAGAGUGAGUCCAAGGAGCAGCAGGGUGACAGCGCAGCCACUUCAUUCAGUGACGUUACGCUGUACCUGGAGGAAGGUGCUCCCACGUCACCCCUUUCUCUAGAUCGCCCGCCCAGCACUGACCCCCCCGAGCCCAGUACGGGGGUGCCGAUUCCACCACCACCACGGCCAGAGUACUGGGGUGGACCACAGCGUGAGGACAGCAGGGAGAAUGGGGGUGCUAGCCGGAGGAGCACACCAUGCAUGGAGUGCCGGGACUACCGCUUGCGGGGUGCCCACCUCCCUUUACUCACUAUUGAACCUCCCAGUGACAGCUCAGUAGAUCUGAGUGACCGCUCUGAUCGGGGCUCUCUCAACCGGGGCCUGAUCUAUGAGCAAGAUGGCUGCAGCCCCCACGGCACCCUCAAACAUCCUGCCGGCCCUGGCCGAUCCCCACAUCCACAUCGGCAUUAUCAUCCGGAACAAAACCAGCCUCCUCCACCUCUCCCCAUGCCGCCUCCUCAGGCCCCCAGCCGGAUGCCCCCGCCUCCUCCGCCAGACAACUCAGAUGGCGACAACGACAGCCUCAACAGCACCACCAAUUCCAACGAGACCAUCAAUUGCAGCUCAGGCUCCUCCUCUCGCGACAGUCUGCGGGACCCACCCCCACCCGCUCCCACUGGCACCUCCUCGGCCCCCGGUGGGCCCUGCAAACAGACCUACCAGCGGGAGACGCGACACAGCUGGGAUUCACCUGCCUUCAACAAUGACGUGGUACAGCGCCGACAGUACCGCAUCGGCCUCAAUCUCUUCAACAAGAAACCAGAGAAGGGUAUCCAGUAUUUGAUUGAGAGAGGUUUUCUAUCGGACACCCCGGUUGGCGUGGCACGCUUUAUCCUGGAGCGGAAGGGGUUGAGCCGGCAGAUGAUCGGAGAGUUCCUGGGCAACCGGCAGAAGCAGUUCAACCGGGAUGUACUGGACUGUGUGGUAGACGAGAUGGAUUUCUCCAGCAUGGAUUUGGAUGACGCUUUGCGGAAAUUCCAGUCCCACAUUCGGGUGCAAGGAGAGGCACAGAAGGUGGAGCGUCUCAUUGAAGCCUUCAGCCAGCGCUACUGUGUAUGCAAUGCCCCCCUGGUGCGCCAGUUCCGGAAUCCAGACACCAUCUUCAUCCUGGCUUUUGCCAUCAUCCUUUUGAACACCGACAUGUACAGCCCCAGUGUCAAGGCAGAGAGAAAGAUGAAAUUAGAUGACUUCAUCAAGAAUUUGCGAGGAGUGGAUAAUGGUGAAGAUAUUCCUCGUGAUCUACUGGUAGGGAUUUACCAACGGAUUCAGAGCCGGGAGCUUCGUACCAACGAUGAUCACGUGUCUCAGGUUCAAGCAGUGGAGCGCAUGAUUGUGGGUAAAAAGCCGGUCCUCUCCUUGCCCCACCGGCGCCUGGUUUGCUGCUGCCAGCUGUAUGAGGUGCCCGACCCUAACCGGCCCCAAAGGCUUGGGUUGCACCAGAGGGAAGUCUUCCUCUUCAAUGACCUCCUAGUGGUGACAAAGAUAUUCCAGAAGAAGAAGAUCCUUGUGACCUACAGUUUCCGCCAGAGCUUUCCUCUUGUCGAGAUGCAGUUGCAGCUCUUUCAGAACUCCUAUUACCAGUUUGGGAUUAAACUGCUCUCAGCUGUUCCUGGUGGGGAAAGGAAAGUCUUGAUCAUCUUCAAUGCCCCCAGUCUGCAGGAUCGAUUGCGCUUCACCAGUGACCUGCGGGAGUCCAUUGCAGAAGUACAAGAGAUGGAGAAAUAUCGUGUGGAAUCGGAGUUAGAGAAGCAGAAAGGAGUGAUGCGCCCCAAUGCCUCACCCUCCUCUGGACCCAAGGAUGCUGUGAAUGGGACGCUGACCCGGAGCAGCCUGGAGGACGCCUACACGGUGGGAGAAGGACUGAAGAGAAGUGCUCUCAGUAGCUCCCUCCGCGACCUCUCCGACGCUGGCAAGCGGGGUCGUCGUAACAGCGUGGGAUCCUUGGACAGCACAAUUGAAGGAUCUAUCAUUAGCAGCCCACGUCCCCACCAGAGAGUGCCGCCUCCGCCUCCUCCCGAGGAAUACAAGCCCCAGCCUCGGCCCCCCUCUAACUCAUCAUCUUUCCUGGGCUCCCUUUUUGGCAGCAAACGUGGGAAGGGUCCCUUUCAGACGCCGCCCAGCCAGGCCUCAGCCUCCUCGUCUUCAGCGUCUUCAUCCCACCACCACCUUCCUCAGCAUCACCCCCACCACAGCCACCCAUCCUUGCCUGACGGSAGCCAGUCCAAGCUCCAGGCUCUCCACGCCCAGUAUUGCCAUGGCCCCUCUUCCCAGCCACCCCCUCCAUACCCCCAGCAGCCCCCUCCRCCCCCGCAGCCGGCCCCUCCGCCCCCACCCCUUGCCCUACCCUCCAACCCUUUGCCCCCCCAUGUCCAGCGCUACCACCAAUCGCAGCAGCCCCCUCUCUCCGCUCCUCCCCAGAAGCAGGCAGUGCCUGCCUUCCCUACCCCACAACCCCACCACCAUUACACCCUGGGCCGGCCCAGCCAGCAGAAGCGGGCACACCAGCUGGCCGCUGCAGCUUCCCAGCACCCUCCCUUCCCCCAUGGGCGCCAGCCCACCUCACCACUUCCCCUCUAUAGCCCAGCCCCCCAGCAUGCCCUCGCCCAUACGUACCCCCAGCAGCUGCACCAGACGGGCGGCGGGCAGCACACACUGCAUAGGCAACAGCCCCCUAAGCACUUUAUCUUUAGUCAUCACCCCUCCCAAAUCAUGCAGCGCCCUCCUGCACCACCUGGCGUUGGGCCAUACCCGGGGCAUCAUGGCCACCCCACUCAGCAGCACCAUGGCCAGCCCCCAAUGCCUCCUCCCCAUUCUCCCAUUCCCCCUCAUCCUUCCUACCCCCCUCUCCCACCCCCGUCUCCUCACACUCCCCUCAGCCCCCACUCUCCGGCAGCACCUACCUCCCCCUUGCCCCAGCACAUCCCCAUGCACCAGGGGGGCCCUCAAGCCAUGCCCUCCCAGGGCCCUCCCAACCCCAAAACGAAGCAGGUCAACAGAAUCAGCACCGUUGUGUGAGGAACACCAGUGCUGCUACCACCACCUUGGGUCUGGUGGCUAGAUAUAACUAUACAUACAUAACAGAACUCGGGGGGCUCCUCUGUUCAGAGCAAGGGAGUAGGAAGGGGGAAGUCAGGAGGAUAUCUACACUUUAUGGCCAUUCCCCUUCCUCCCUCCCUCCCCACUCCCGACCCCCUCGUUCCUCUUUCUCCUAGGAUCAGAACUGAGAGAGGGCCUCCUUUGGAGCAGUGCCUCAGAAAGGAAGACGUCUAGACCUGCAAUGCCGCUUGUGGCUCCGUCUUUGGGCUUUGCUGUCGAAGAGCUCCAUCUCUUCUCUCUUCCUACCCCUGUCUACUGCUCUCCUUUUGGUUAGGAAACAGGAUGUCUACGGACAGUGCAAUACUUUUUGAAGUGAGGGGUGUCUUUGAAAGCAUGAGGUGCAGUGGAGGGGGAACGUAGUUGUACUAACUUAGGGGACACAGAACUUUACACCGUGUUGUCCCUCAAAGUGCCGCAGAAGGAUGUCCUUUUUUGUAGCAUUUCAACCUCUUGCAAAGAGCACAUAAGGUAAUAACCACCAUUUGUUGCAGUGGUGGUAGAACACUGCCUAAAUGCUGCUCCAUGCAAAAGUCUCCCUUGGGCAGGAUGGCCCUAAAAGAGCCCCAUGCCUUUUAUCUUUUGAAACAAGAUGUUUGUAAUAUCAAAUUGCAGGUUUUUUCCAGCUAAAACUCUCUUUCCUUCUAAGAGCAAAUUGGCCCUGGGGAACAUUGAGCGCUACAGCAUAUAUCAUUGCUAUAGUAUGAUUUGCAGCCCAGAAAUGCUGUCAGCUUCACUAUUAGGAAUUCGACACCAGGAAAAGGGCAUCCCACAAGCAUAGGAACCAGCCACAUGGCCAUGGUCUUGGUUUACUGAAGAGUCCAUCGGCAGCAGGCUUUCUUCUGUUUGCUGGUUGAAGAGAGAAGAGCAGCUCCAUCUAUUGACAAGUCUGGUAUUUGUUAUCUGGUUAAGGAUGUCACAAAACGUUUAUGGUUGUGUAGAAAAGGAAAAUUCCACACCUGAUUGCAUGACAAGCAGCCCUUAAGGAAAUUCCCUAUUCUGCACAUUCAUUCAAAGCCAGAUGUGCCAUUGGUGUUGCCAAGGUGGGAGAGUCUUUCCACUGGAGCUUAUUACAGUGUGUGCGAACAUAUAGGUCGCCUACCUGUAAACAUAGUUUCCUGAGUGGUCGCCUGUGAAUUCACACAUUUGGUAUAUUCCUGCGCUCGUGCAGGCAGCAACAGACACUCACGAGCUCACUUUAACUGACCGUUAGAGUAGCCCUACCCCUUUCUCCCCACUCAUAUAAAUAGCCCUGCCGCGGGGCUACUGGUCAGUUCUUAUAAUACGCCUCAAAAAGCAACAACGGCAACACAAAUGCUUAGGCUUAAAUAAUAUAAAGAAAUGACUACUUCAUUUAAGAAAUGCAUAUUAUGCCCAAAUAAAAUACCGGAUAACGACGCACACCUUGAAUGUGUGUCAUGCCUGGGAGAAGCUCACCUCUCCCAAGCAUGCGAUACAUGCAAGAGCUUUACGCCACAAACAAAAAAGAACAGAUAAAUUAGGCUGAAAGCAGCUCUGUACGAGCAAGCCCUUCUCCCCACUGUACAAACUGGAAACGUGGGAGCACCUAAACAGAAAGCUAAUAGAAGAAUUCAACCAGCGGCCUUCCUGCCGAAGGUAGCCACUAAAUUUCAUAUUUCUCAAGAGAUAGUGCUUCCUGCUUUUUUCCAAAACCCAUCUUCCCCUAUGGAGAAGAUUCUACAUUUGUUAGAUGUUCUGAGAGCUCUUGCUUUCUAUAUAAGUAGGACUUCGAGCACUAGGAAAUCCCCAAGACUCUUUUUAAAGUACCGGAAGGACGCCAUUGGUCUUCUGGUAAUGUCCCAACGACUUUGGAUAGUCUUGGCAAUCUGUAAGGCUUACAGUUUGGCAGGGAGGGAAUUGCCUUUGCAGGUGAAAGCUCACUCCACAAGAGCAGUGGCAACAUCGACUGCCUUCAUGAGUGGAGUACCGCUGGAUGUAGUGUGCAGAGCUGCAACCUGGUCUACACCACUAACCUUUGUGACACAUUACAAGCUGGAUGUGAUGUCUAGGAAAGAUGCA